UGCUCUCACUUUCGAGGCAUUAAUCCACAGAUCAGUCCAUAAACUGGGAGACACUUUACGGACAACUCAUUCAUACCAUAUGUCCAUCGCUUCCAUCACAAGACUUUGUCUCACAAUUGGAUACAAUCAUCAAAUCUGUGAGAUGCUCGAAAUGUCUUCACAUGUAUUACUGCACUAAAGAGUGUCAGAAAAAUGACUGCAAGUAUCACAAGAAUGAGUGCAAACUCUAUAGCGAUGGCCACGAGUUGUCCCGUAAACUGAUGUCCGAUAAUUGGUUCAGACUUUGUCUCCGACUUUACUUUUCGGUGCAAAACAUCCCAACGUUUGCCACAAAAAGUACCGAUUGUUUGACGGAUCGGAUAUCAGUCUCAAUGCGGCCACACGUGAGCGCCGACCAAACCAUCGCCGACAGACACUAUGCGCUCAAACAUUGUUCAAUAGUGUGUGAGUGCGACAAAUGUGUCCACCAUUUGGAUCGUUGGUUCAGACAUUGGCUCCGACUCUACCUUUCGGUGCAAAACAUCUCAACGUUUGCCACAAAAAAGUACCGAUUAUUUGACGGAUCGGAUGUCAGUCUCAAUGAGCCACAGCUGUCGGCCCAACAGUUGCUCACUCGGGCGCCGGGCAUCGGAUCGUCGACUGGGGCUCAACCUGUGGGCGCAGGCAAUGCUAUUGCCAAACGCGGUCAAGACAUGAGCGCCGGGCACCUGAUCGCCGACUGGGGCCCAACAGAGUGCUGGCCGGGGAUUCACACACCCUGUGCCAAAAAACAAUUUAUCAACACAGCCGAAAACGUCUCCGUCGUCAUGCUAGAAACAGGCAAAUGUCUGGCCAAUUUCUCGCCAAACGGAGUGCUCACGCUCCGUGCGGUCUUGUCCCCGAGUGAGUGCGUCAUGGGCGGUUCACCAGGCCCGGGGCUUCCGGAAUACCAAUCAAGUCUUGAAAAUCUUCAGAACCAAUUCAAUAGAUUUACAAAAACGAUCUCUCGCGAAGAGUUGAACGAGAUUUUUAAUGACAUCGACAACAGACUCACAGUUGAAGAGAUCGAGUUACAAAACGAAACCAAAGAUAACAUUCCAAAUGACGUGAGACAAUUGCGCAAAUGGCGAGAUAUCGGGUUAGAAUUGGGACGACAGCCACUGUUUAAAGCAAUGUGCGCUAAUUGCGGACAACUUCUUUUUGGUGACUGUAAAGAGAAUGGUCGUUGGACAACAGUGCGAGUAGAACCCAAUCAAACUCCACCAGUUUGCGCGAGAUACGAACAACUAAACAACGGCAUUCCAUACACAAGAUCAGAGAAUGAAUGGUAUCUCUGCAAAAUCUGCAAAAGGGAUCCGAGAGGAGUGUUGGAAAUGUUUGAUGUGUUGAACCCGGAAACAAACACUAUGACUCUGCCGCCAGAGUUAUCAGAACUCAAAGGUUGGCUUGAAUUGUCAUCGGUGGCGCUAAUGGGUACAUAUCACACAAUUGCAAAUAAACCAAACCCAAAAGGCCGCCGUUUUCAACACCAUUUAGGAGAGACUGAAAUGAUGUCUAAAAAAGACAACGCUUAUUUAACUCUCUUUACAUUAAUGCAACAAAAGCUCAGUCAGACAAUUGAUGAGUCGGAUGAGAAUUAUAAUAACAAGAGUGCGAGAAAACAUCGCGUGAAAAGAGCUCUUCAUUGGUUGAAAGAAUGGAAUCCUCUGUUUCAGAAAUUUUAUUCAAACUAUGAGACACUUAUGCCAUACAUUGAAAAGAAUCAAAAUCCGUUUCUUUUAUCAAAAGUGCCAAAUCCUACAACAACAACUGGUGAACCUCUGAACAAAAAUAUGGGUGACGAACAAGUAGGGACUUGGAUCGCAGCCGAGAACUACACAGGCGAUCAUGAUCCCGAUGACGAAGAAGACUUUCCGGUCGGAAUUACACAUCCGAAAGUGAUAGACGAAAAAACACUAAGUGAACGAGAAAUUCGUAAUCUGACUCGACCAGGUCUUAAUCAUACAAAUCUCGAAGCACUGGCAUAUCCGCGGGACUAUCCAUCUGGUAAAGGAUCGUUCAAUCCAGAUGGCAAACACAAACACCGCGAAUAUUGCAAGUGUUGUCUAUUAAACUAUGAACCGCGUUGGAGACAAAACGAAUUUUUUAUACACUUUCAACUCAAUAGAUAUGUUAAACAAUCGCUUAAAGCACACAAUCGAAUUGUAAUCACAAAUGUAAAAACUGCUGUAGAGAAGCCGACUGCAGGUGAUCUAAAAAAAGGCCAAAGUAUGUAUGACAAAUACGGAGAACGAGUGCCGGCGAAUAUACCCGGUUCGCAGAGUUACUGGUGGGCGGCUUUACAAGAACUACACUCAAUAAGUGUUGCCAUGGGACGUGAACCGGACUAUUUUGCAACAGUAACAACUAAUGACAAUUGGCCAGAAAUACAGUUUGUGUUAAGACAUGGACCAGGUGGUGAACCGUGUGACCGAUGCCCUCAUGACGAUGAAUAUGGUGAACCGGCAAUACACAUUCUGACUCGACCAGGUCUUAAUCAUACAAAUCUCGAAGCACUGGCAUAUCCGCGGGACUAUCCAUCUGGUAAAGGAUCGUUCAAUCCAGAUGGCAAACACAAACACCGCGAAUAUUGCAAAUAUGUUAAACAAUCGCUUAAAGCACAUAAUCGAAUUGUAAUCACAAAUGUAAAAACUGCUGUAGAGAAGCCGACUGCAGGUGAACUGAAAAAAGGCCAAAGUAUGUAUGACAAAUACGGAGAACGAGUGCCGGCGAAUAUACCCGGUUUGCAGAGUUACUGGUGGGCGGCAUUACAAGAACUACACUCAAUAAAAGGCGAAUUGGGAAAGGUUGUGCGUUAUUGGUAUAGGCGCGAGUAUCAAUGGCGCGGAGGCGGUCAUAUUCACUGUGCAAUAUGGGUUGAGCCCGAAACCAAAAAAGAAGAUGUAGUAAAAGCGGAAAUACCACGCGGUGGACCUUUGCGCGAGUAUCAGUGGCGCGGAGGCGGUCAUAUUCACUGUGCCAUAUGGGUUGAGCCCGAAACCAAAAAAGAAGAUGUAGUAAAAGCGGAAAUACCACGCGGUGGACCUGACAAAGAAUUACAAGAAGAACUGGAAAUGCUCGUGAAAAGACAUCAGAUUCACACGUGUAGAGCAGACAAAUGUUUUGUAGUCGGGCGCAAAAAGAAAAAAGUAAAGAACUGUCGUUUUGGUUUCCCGUAUCGCUACUGUGAGAAAACAAUGCCACAAGAAGGCAAUCUUCGAAAACUAUAUCGUCGAAGAUGUAAAGAAGAUCAAAGAGUUGUGCCUUACAGUUACGGACUUUUGUUAACAAUGCGCGCACACGUAAACAUCCAAGAAGUGCAAGGAGCCGGUUGGGAGUUGUAUUUGGCUAAAUAUAUGACAAAACCAGAACCAGUAAAGAAAGUGAUGUGGGGAAAAAAUGUCUCUAAAGACGCAUCAGAUGUCGAAAGAUUUCUGAAAAUGAGACUCAUUGGAUCGGUUGAGGCUAAUGAUCAUAUGCUUCAGUUCCCCGCCAAGAGUUCAAAUAUUGAAGUCAUAUAUCUCCCGAUUGAAUUGCCUGGCGAUAUCGAGAGACUGGUGCUCAAACGCAACAAAGAUCUCCCAUCCGAUCCAAAUUCAGAAGACCACAAAAAUUUGAAAAAACUGGUAAAGACGAUGACUGUUCGGAUAUUGAAGAAAGUGAAGAACUUG